CGAUGAGCGAAAGCCAGAAGCUCCUGCAUGAGCAUCCGUCAGACAGCGACUCGGAACUCGAACUCGACCUCGAACGCAAACCAAGUCCCUUGCACCUGUUGCCUUCGCCCGCCUCGUCGCGAGCCACAUCCGCCUCUCCAGCACCCCCGGGCUCGCGUCCUAAUGGCCACAUCAAGCGGCAGUCGUCGUUUGCCCAGCCUCGCCCUGAUGGCGCGCCCAGGACUCCGAAUCGCGUCCGCUUCGAGGAGCCGAGGAGGAGCAUGAACGGCGACGGCGGCAAUGGGGCCGACUGGGUCGAGCUGGACGGCGACGACUACAUGCACGAUGGCGGACACGAGAGAAUACAGCGGCUGCCUCUGCUCACGGGCAUCGAGGCGCCCAGCGUCACGGUCGCCGAGCAGAACUUCAACCCGGAGGACCACCUCGAGAACGCGCGGCCACGCAGCGGAAUGCGGAGCGCCUUUAUGAACAUGGCCAACAGCAUCAUCGGGGCGGGCAUCAUAGGCCAACCUUACGCCAUUCGGAAUGCCGGCCUCAUUACAGGGACCGCCCUGCUCAUCGGCCUUACCAUCGUGGUGGACUGGACGAUUCGCCUCAUUGUCAUCAACUCGAAGCUCAGCGGGACAGAUUCGUUCCAGGCAACGGUGCAACACUGCUUUGGCAAAUCCGGGCUCGUGGCCAUAUCGCUCGCGCAAUGGCUCUUCGCCUUUGGCGGCAUGGUAGCGUUUUGCGUCAUCAUCGGUGACACCAUACCAAGGGUUCUGGACUCCCUGUUUCCUUCGCUAGCAGACAUGUCAUUCCUGUGGCUACUCACCAACAGGCGGGCGAUCAUGAUUCUGCUCAUUCUCGGCAUCUCUUUCCCCCUGUCGCUGUACCGGGACAUUUCAAAGCUUGCCAAAGCUAGUGGUUUUGCGCUAGUUAGCAUGACCAUCAUCAUUGUCACAGUGGUCACGCAAUCGUUUCGAGUGCCUGAUGAGUUGAAAGGUCAACUUCAUGGCUCCAUUGUCAUUCGCUCCGGCAUCUUCGAAUCCAUAGGCGUCAUCGCAUUUGCGUUUGUCUGCCAUCACAACAGCCUUCUCAUAUACGGCUCCCUGCGUAAGCCCACUAUCGAUCGUUUCUCGCGCGUUACACACUACAGCACUGGCAUAUCGCUCAUCGCAUGUCUCGUCAUGGCCCUUUCAGGCUACCUGACGUUUGGUGACAAGACGCUUGGCAAUGUGCUCAAUAAUUUCCCCAACGACAACCUCAUGGUCAACAUUGCGCGUCUGUUUUUUGGCCUUAACAUGCUGACCACGCUUCCACUGGAGGCCUUUGUCUGCCGAGAAGUCAUGAACAACUACUGGUUCCCGGACGAGCACUACAAUCCCAACCGCCACAUUAUCUUCACCACUGCCCUUGUUGUUUCGGCCCUUACCAUGGCUCUUCUCACCUGCGACAUUGGCGUUGUUUUUGAGUUGUUCGGCGCAACAUCUGCUUGCGCGUUGGCGUUCAUUCUCCCACCUCUCUGCUACAUGAAACUGUCGCAAAGAAGUGCAAUGACAUAUGUGGCUGGCGCUGUUGUAGCAUUUGGAUGCACUGUCAUGAUCAUUAGCAUUCUCAAAACUACGAGCAAGCUUGCGAUGGAUAAUGGUGAACAUGCAAAAUGUGGGUAGACUGGGUUGUAGUAACAUAGAGCGGUGCAUUUGGGCGGCGUCUCGGAUAUAUAUGGCAUACACAAAGCGCGCGAGCGCAUCACCUGACGGCUGCUAUCAUCUUUGCAGAAAAUAUGAAUGAUUUCC